GCACGGGGUUCGAUCCCCCGCAUCUCCAGGCUUUGUCAUUCUUAAAUAAUGUGGUUUUUGUUUUGCACUUUCAUUAAACAAAUCCCAUCCCACAGUCGACACAAAGACGAAAGACAACCUAAUCAUCUGAGUAUCUCAAUACCGAACAAAAAGGCUUCGUAGCUGUCACCAUUAUUAUGGCUAUUUCCAAAUUAUCGCAGCUCGGAGCUCAGAUGAUCAAGAGUUUAGAGAAAGGUGCACCAGGUCUACUACUACUUACCUCUAGACCAAGAGCAGUAUAUACCCAUCAUUUUCGUAACUGUUCUUUGCAGCCCCUGAAGCAUGAACAUUUUUCUACCAUGGCUGCCAAUAAGGCUGAGGAGGAUGGGAAUGAAGAAGAGCAAAAAAUAUCUGUGACAUUUGUUGACAAAGAUGGAGAGGAGAAGCAUAUUAAGGUUCCUAUUGGAUUGUCUAUGUUAGAAGCGGCCCUUGAAAAUGACAUAGAACUUGAAGGAGCAUGUGAAGGAUCGCUGGCCUGUUCCACUUGUCAUGUGAUUGUGAAGGAUAUGGAAUACUAUAAUAAGCUAGAAGAUCCAAAUGAUGAGGAGAAUGAUAUGCUAGAUCUUGCUUUUGGCCUCACAGAGACGUCCCGUCUAGGUUGUCAGGUGAUCGCAAAACCCGAACUUGAUGGAAUUCGCUUAAAACUGCCUACUGGUACAUGAAAAUUUCCACAGGUAUAAGCCAAAACCACAUUAAAGAUCUUCUGAUAGUAAGACAGGCUGGAAAAAGAUUUUGAGUGUAGAGAAUGGAACUCUUCAAGUUUUGUAGCUUGUUAUGUUUUAGUGGAUUAAGGGUACUGGAAACUUACUAGUGAUAUGAUUACUAUGAUAGGAUCUCAUUCCUCAUUAUAUUGUUCAUUUCAUA